UCAACCUAACAAUACCUGCUCAACAAAAAAUGGAGACCAACACUGGAGCUGUCCAGCUGUACAGUUUAGAUCUAGAUUCCAGCUCAGAGGAGGAAAACAAAGACGUACAUGGAUCUAUUUGCCUGCAAGUGGAUGAUCAGAAUGGAGCAGAGCAGGGAUCUGGUGGGUCAUCCAGCGUGUUUUCUACGUCACAACUAAAACUUUUUAAACAGCAUUUUUGUAUGUGUUUCUAAUUCACACUGACUUGAUUAAAGAAAUACUCACAGAAAUAGAAAAGUCAGAAAAACAAUUUUUAACUUUUUUAUGCCCUUGAUUAUCAGCAAAAUGCCACAAGAGUAGGUAAAAAACACACAAAAAUUAAUUUUCAGCAGAAUGGGCCUUUAAGGUUGAGAGUCUUCAUCUGUAGCAAGCUUAUAUUAUUUACUGAUUCUGACAUAAGUUUGUUAAGUCAUUGGUGAAUAAAUGAAGAAAGAAACAGCAACAGAUAAGAAAUAUCUGGCAUUUUUUCUCUGACACAACUCCCAUCAUGGAUAAAACGUUACCGGAAAACUGUCCUUGUGUAAAUAUUCACAGAUUAAUACAAUGUCACAUUGAUGGAAAGAAAUAUUUCAUGUAAAGCAAACAAAACUUUAGAGAUUGGGGGAUCAAGACAGGAAGUUAGCUGGCAAGGAGUGGUCCAAAAAGGCUUUUCUUGGGAAAGAUGGAGGAUAAAGAAAAAUAUCAUCCAGGAAGUGUGUGAGUGAGCGGACAACAACUGAGUGACCUUACAUGGUUGCGCUGGUGUCUGGGUGACUAACUGAAAGAGGCCUUGAGGUUAUCUCCGUGAGGCAGGGCUGUAUUUAUAGAACAUCUCAAAAAAAAAAAAAAAAAAGAAGAAGAAGCAGAAGGAACCCCUGGCCCCCUGCUGCCUCCCUCCAUAACUCCUCCCACAUGUUCAAUUAGCCCAAUGUGGGCGGAGUAAAGCAAUCAGGAGUAACUAGAGCUCAUCCGGAGGACUCCCCUCUCAGUCUGCCUCAGACUCAGCACGGGCGUGCGCUCCUCAAACGGGAAGGCGAGUGACCCUGUGACAAAAUGACCGAGCGCUACGACUGUCACUACUGCAAGGAGUCCCUGUUUGGGAAGAAGUAUGUUCUCAGGGAGGAGAACCCCUACUGUGUGAAAUGCUACGAAAGCCUGUACUCCAACACCUGUGAGGAAUGCAAGAAGCCUAUUGGCUGCAACACCAGGGAUCUGUCCUACAAAGACCGUCACUGGCAUGAAGACUGCUUUAAGUGCUUCCAGUGCAAGCGCUCCCUCGUGGACAAGCCCUUCUCCACCAAAGAUGAGCAGCUCCUCUGCACUGAAUGCUACUCCAAUGAGUAUUCCUCCAAGUGCCACGAGUGCAAGAAAACCAUUAUGCCAGGCUCCAGAAAGAUGGAGCACAAGGGGAACAGCUGGCACGAGACCUGCUUUACCUGCAAGAGGUGCCAGCAGCCAAUUGGCACCAAGAGCUUCAUCCCCAAGGACAACCACAACUACUGCGUGCCCUGCUAUGAGAAACAGUUUGCCAUGCAGUGUGUGCACUGCAAGAAGCCCAUCACCACCGGUGGAGUGACCUACCGUGACCAGCCCUGGCACAAGGACUGCUUCCUCUGCACCAGCUGCAAGCAGCAACUGUCCGGCCAGAGGUUCACCUCUAAAGAUGACUUUGCGUACUGCCUCAACUGCUUCUGUAACCUCUAUGCCAAGAAAUGUGCCUCCUGCACCACCCCCAUUAGUGGAUUAGGAGGAAGCAAGUACAUUUCCUUUGAGGAGCGCCAGUGGCACAACGACUGCUUCAACUGCAAGAAGUGCUCCGUGUCCUUGGUGGGGCGUGGCUUCCUGACUGAACGCGAUGACAUCCUGUGCCCCGAGUGCGGCAAAGACAUCUAAUUUAACCCCCCAAAAAUGACAUUUAAUCGAUAAUCGACAUACAGAUGAGAAGAUAGAUGGAUAUUUACUCCAGCAUGGCUACAUGCUGUUAAGCUAAAAAUGAAAAACCUACUAAUGAUGAGAUUUGAUCAAUACUAAUAUCUGAUAGCAUGGAUAUGAAAAGCAUUUUAUUUAUGACAUAGAAUGAUUGCAGAAACAGACACUGCAUGAAGUGAGAUCUGAAUAUUUAUGCACACUUAUGUCUAAAAUGUAUGUAGUAACCAUUGUGUAACAGAAACUAGACUACUGCUGUAAUUAGAUGUUUUGGGGGUUGAGCUCUUAUUUUGUUAAAGCUGUUCUAGUUUAGCUAAGAGGAAAGAGAUGAUCUAAUAGAAUUAAAGAAACUGUGAGAAGAAGAAGCCACUUUAUGUGUAAAACUAUAAAUUCCCACUCCGAUAAAAAUUUCA